AUGGCGCUAUCAUGGCUCCCAAUCAACCUAGGUUAUGAGGAAAGAGAACUUCUUGAUCAUUUCAUAUGUACGGCGUCUUCCACACUGGCCAUUGUCGAACCUGACAAGAACGAAUUCUUGAGCCUCUUGGUGCGAUUGGUUCUUUCAGAUAGUUCACCGUCCUCCGUGGCUGUGUUGCAAUCGGCGUUGGCACCCUCGUUGUUCCACCGGAAUGGUCUGCAAGCAGAUGUUUUUCGGUUCAAAGCGCGCGCUCUCCGCACCCUGAUCACAUCUUGCAAUCACUCUAUUGAAAGUCCCACGCUAGUUCAACAUGUUGCUGCUAGGAUGAUACUGUGCCACCUUGAGAUGCUUGAAAUGUCAAAUGACGUAUCCCUGUGGUUCUACAUUGCUAAACUGGAUUUUGCAUUCUAG